AUGCAGAAGUCUUCCUCCCACGGACUAUUUAAAGGUGUGACCCAGAGCUGGACCAAAGCAGAAUUCGCAGCAGUCAGACCAGCACUGCUGGAAACGCCACACUCUAUCGAGCAGAAUUUGGGCUUUUCCAAAGUCAUGCUGGCAAACCAAAGCGCAUCACAGCACCUCGGCUCCGUGGGCAUUAAAGCAGGACUAGGAUUGCUCAAACUCGCCUCGUCUCAUUGGAAACAGGAGAUACAGACGUGCUUGGAUCCAGUUAUACGGAUUAAGAAUGGCAAAGCUGUGCAAAGCAAAAAGUCUCCUCUGGACUAUUUGGCUGCUCUGAUUCUUCAAAGUCACACAGAGCACAGGCACAUCUCCCAGGAUUGCCGAACUGAUUCCUCUGGGUGCUCAACAAAGCCGCAAAACUGCAAGCGCAUAGUUGUCCUUGGUGCGCCACGAGUCGGCAAAACCUCAAUCUUGAGGCGAUACCUUAGGGAUGGAUUUGUGGAAGAGUACAAUCCGACCUCAGAAGACUUCCUAAGGAAAUCGUUUCGUAUACGAGGGGAGACUUACCAGAUAGACAUUCUGGAUGCUUCAAAGGAGAGAGACUUUCCAGCCAAACGAAGACUAUCCAUCCUGACAGACUCUGAGGGGCUGAGGAUCAUCUUAGUGGGAAAAACUGGAUCAGGAAAAAGUACUUCUGGAAACAUUAUUCUUGGAGAGAAUGUUUUCAAAAGUGAAGCGUCACCUGAAUCUGUAACCAGCAGAUGUGAGAAGGCCGAGCGUAGAGACAGUAAUGGUCGGCUCAUUACUGUCGUGGACACACCAGGGCUGUUUGACACCAAGAAAUCCAACGAAGAACUGAGAGAAGACAUUGAGGAGUGUGUCGUUGUCCAGUCUGUUCCUGGACCACAUGCAAUUCUGUUAGUGAUCAAUGUAAAGUCUAGAUUCACUGAAGAGGAGAAGGCGUCUGUGAAGUGGAUUGAAGAUAAUUUUGGUUCAGAUGCUUCAAAGUACACUAUGCUACUGUUCACACACACAGGCCUGCUGGAGGGAAAGACUUUGGACCAAUUCAUUACAAAGAGUGACCAUCUACUUCACCUGGUGUUCCGUUGUGGAGGAAGAUACCAUGAAUUCAACAACAAAGACCCUCUGAACAGAACCAACAGAAAGAUGGUCUCUGAACUCUUGGAGAACAUUGACAAAAUGGUGAUGGGAAAUGGCGGUCAGCACUACACUAAUGACAUGUACAAGGAAGCUCAGAGGAAACUUGACGAGAAAAGAGCAGAGGAAGAGCAAAUUAGAGAGAGAGAGCGAAUUAGAGAGCGAAUUAGAGAGAGAGAGCGAAUUAGAGAGGAAGAGAAAAAUAAGAUGAAAAAUGAGAUGUGUAAAGUGGUGCUUUGGUCAGUUGUUGGUUUUCUCACUGGGGGAUUUUUAGCCCCCUCUAUGGUGGCAGCAACCGCGUCAACAGGUCUGGCUGCAGCUACUGGAUACACCUAUAGGGACUGCAUCAGUAGUUUUUUUGAGUGA